UAUACAUAAAAUAAGUUGCAGUCUUUAUUUGAUCACGGAUUGGUUGGUUUAGAUCUAUGUUUAUUUGUAUGCUGACAUUUGUGCUUUUCUCCACAGGUUCUUUUUUGCCCCCACAGGUUACAGGCUUUCAAUUUCAUCAGGAAAACACCGGGAAUCCUUCCUUGCCAUCUGAGCCGCUUCCCUGGUUCAUCGACAACAUCUGUCCGUAUGAUGGACGGUGUCUGCGCCAGGACAGUCCCUAGACUGGCAGACCAGGAGGAGAGGAGGAGAGGCAAGAAGCGGUCCACCAGCCUGCUCUCACCCAUGUCUCCUCCGGCCAAGAGGGCGAAGACCAUCCAUGUUACGGACGGCGCCUGCGCAAGGACAGUCCCUAGACCGGCAGACCAGGAGGAGAGGAGAAGAGGCAAGAAGCAGUCCACCAGCUUGCUCUCAACCAUGUCUCCUCCAGCCAAGAGGGUGAAGACCAUGAAGACUGAAGAUGACAAGGAUCCUGUGCACCUGGAACCACAGGCUGGCCCAUCUUCCUUUUCUGGAAGCACCGGCAUGCCUGCUGAGGCGGCGUCAGUCCAGGCCACCGGUGUAACCACACACAGGAGGGUUUUGGGGAGAGACACCACCUACGAUCUGCACCGGAUGUUGGGAGAGUUCCUCUGUCGUCGUUGCCACCGGAUUCAGGACCUUGCCUGGACUGAGCCUGUGUUCUGGCUUCUCUCCGUGGACAGGCACUUGUACAGGACCCUCUGGCACCGUCGCCACUUCCUCUGUCGAGGCAGCUUGGUCUUCCUGUAUAUGGUGUGCGAAGACAGCAUUUCAGCACAGAUCGCCAGCAGACGGGAACUGAAGGCUGUGCUUCUCACAUGCCUUUAUGUGUCUUGUGCCUACGUGGGUCAUUCCAUCUCUUACCCUGCCAUGCCCUUCAUAGUGGAGAGCAACAGGAUGGCCUUUUGGAGACGUGUCCUUGGAAUCACCUCGCGCCUCAGUGCGAAGAUGCUGCAGAUUAACAACAACCCGCAGUAUUUCGCCAUGGUCUUUUCCGACUUGAAGAACACGGAGGACCGCUGAAGGAUCUGGUUGAGGAAUCGUGCCUGGUGGAAAUUUGGGCUGUUUUUAACAUAUGCGGCUGAUACAUUGUUAUUGGAUUAAAUUGCCUAAUGCCACAUGGAACUGGUGACACUGAGCAUGCAUUACCGGUGCCAGUGGGGCUAGGUACGGUCUUAGUCACCAGGUAGGCUGAUGUGGUGCUAUGGUUAUGAAGCUGUUAGUGGCUGACUGGGCAGGUAAGACUGGAAACCCAGCUGAGCGGGAAAUUAUUCGGAUUGUAUUUGUAAUGUAACAACUUGUAAUUGUAAUAGGAGAAUGUAGACACUGUUAACCACUGGCAGGGCAGUGGUGAUGUCCUGACGAAUGAGGGAAUAGGAGCCUCAGUGCUCAUAGUGUGCCAUUGGUGGAUAAAAAGGAGGGGCAGCUUCAGUCACAGGUAUAGAGACUGGAGCUGUUCCAGCAAGGCUGUCUUCAGGUAAGAGACAGAACCUUGCUGCUGUGGCUUUGUGGCAUGUGGCCCCUUUGACUGUGGAAUUCCAGAUGAUAAUGGGAAAUUGUAGUCAAGUCUACCACAGCAUGUUCAGCCAGAAGGAGGGAGGGAGUCCUCUGCCUUAAUGAGAGUGGAGAUUUCAACUGUCAGAGAAUCAUCACUGACAUGGAGCGACCAGCUUUAAUUUUGAGAUCUGCAGAGUGACAUGGUUGGACGGAUUUCUGAAGCUGAGGUAGCUUGAGAAACAUUCUUUGGUAAGUAUGAUCAUCUGCUUUGCAGGGUCUGAUGAAGACAGUGAGUAUUCUUCUGCUGCCGAUUAUUAAUCUUUCCUUUUCCUGGAUUUCCUACAUGUCAAACCGGCUGCAUCCCUUUGUAUGCUUGCAUCCUGCAACAUCCAGGUCGGUUUAUCGCAAUACGGAUCAACAGUGGAUUGAAGAUAUUAAAAAAAGUGAGAGUUUAACAGAAACAAAACACAGGUAAAAAAAAAAAAAUUACUAAUAACAAUAUGAUCCAAAGUAAGAACUAACAGGCUAAACCAAUAAAGCUACAAAACAAUAGAAGCAAAUAAGGAAUUAGGAACUGUAACCACUUUACAUAUAGACCAAUAUUACAACAGAACAUACAGGGAACUAGAACAGUAAAAACAAGAACAAAUGAUCAGUCUAUAAUGCUUAUAUUUAAAAGUUAAAAGUUUAUGAUAUGUUUUUUUAUUACUAUAUGUAUUUGUAUGUAUUUCAUAUAUAUAAUAGUUUGUCAUAUUGAUUAUUAGACAGAGAUAUAUAGAGGUGUAAUAUAUACUGUAUUAAUCAUAUUAAUCAUAUAACUGUUUUUCAGUUUAUAAUAAAUUAAUUUAAUAGUCUUGGUGUAUAUAUUAACAACUAAGUUAAACAAAUUAAUAUUUGACACAAUUAAUUUGUUUACAGAUGUAGAAUUAGAUAAAUUAGUUUAUGGUAAUUUUCCCCCAGUGUGCAAUCCCUCU